UCAGGUGAUCUGCCUGCCUCAGCCUCCCAAAGUGCUGGGAUUACAGGUAUAAGCCACUGCACCUGACCAAACUGCUUUCUUAAAGAGGAUCAAAUCAAAAUUUUUCCCCUGUGAAUAGCCUCUCAGGUGGGAACAUAACUAGCUUUAAAUAAAAAGGCUUCAUCAUUCAUCCAUUGUAAAACUAUCAGUUGAGUGCAGACACGUGUAAUACGGGGGCUGGCAGAGCAACAGUGGGACAUACAGAGGAAAUGAAACGUGGAGUCUGUCUGGGGAGAUUCAGAGAUACAGAUGUUUAUAAGACCACAUCAUCAUAGGAACUACCCAGAGAGAGCUAGGGCAGACUAUCCUGGGAGUCAAAUAAAAGGAUAAGGAAUAUUGUAAGAGAUUGGGGCACGCAGUAUGUGUGGGGACCUGGGGAUUCAGCGGAUAGGAAGUCUUGAAAGACUUCAUUUAAGAAGUGGGAUUUAGGCUGAGUUUGGUGGAUUGCAUCAUGAGUCGGUGAGUAAACUGUCUUGACAAUCAGGACCUGAGAGAGAACUAAGAGAGCCACAGUAGACAGGGUGGGGCUUAGUGAGGACAGGGGAAGUCAGAGGACUGUAGUCAGGGGAAAAUCAUUUCCCUUUCCUCAGGACUGUCAGUCAGGCUCUGUCUCUAGGAGCCUCCUAACCCAGUCUUCUGUGCAGUCCUGGGGACCGACCGACUGAGUCACACCUCUGGAACUGGGGGCUGCUGACAUGUAUGCCUUUCCUUGGCUGCUUCUUCUCCUGCUGCUCCAGGAGGCCAAAGGAGACUCUGGAGAUGAUGUGGAUCCCGAGGAAGUGGUUGCGGUCCUUCAGGAGUCCAUCAGCCUCCCCCUGGAAAUACCGCCUGAUGAAGAGGUUGAGAACAUCAUCUGGUCCUCCCACAAAACCCUUGCAACUGUGGUGCCAGGGAAAGAGGGACAUCCAGCUACCAUCAUGGUGACCAACCCACAGUACUGGGGCCGAGUGAGCCUCCUGGACCCCAGCUAUUCCCUGCAUAUCAGCAAUCUGAGCUGGGAGGACUCGGGGCUUUACCAGGCUCAAGUCAACCUGAGAUCAUCCCAGAUCUCUAUCAUGCAGCAGUACGAUCUCCUUGUCUACCGACGGCUGUCAAAGCCCCACAUCACUGUGAACUUUGAGAUCUCUGGGGAAGGUGCCUGCAAUAUGUCCCUGAUGUGCUCUGUGGAGAAGGCAGGCAUGGACGUGACUUACAGCUGGCUCUCCUGGGGGGAUAGCACUUAUACAUCCCAUGAAGGCCCUGUCCUCAGCACAGCCUGGAGGCCGGGUGACAGUGCCCUCUUCUACACUUGCAGAGCCAGCAACCCCAUCAGCAACGUCAGUUCUCACCCCAUCCCUGCUGGGCCCUUCUGUGCAGAUUCUGACUAUGCUUCUGAGAAGCCCUCAACACACUUCUGCCUCUUAACCAAAGGAUUGCUCGUCUUCUUGCUCUUGGUAAUUCUGGCCAUUGGGAUCUGGGUCAUCCAAGUCCGGAAAAGACACAGAAUGCCAAGGAUGAAGAAACUCAGGAGAAACAGAAUGAAAUUGAGAAGGAAGGAAAAGCCUGGCUCUAGCCCUUCCUGACUGCUCCUUGGGAACCCCAGUCCUGAGCUUGGUUUAUUCCCAGCACCCAGAGAAUCCUUCCUCAACAUUUCCUUCCAGGGGAAGGAGGUGCUCAGGGGUGGAUAUCCAGAGAGCGACACUUCUGAGGGAAGACUGGCUGGCAAUAAAGUCAAAUUAAGCAACCACAACUCUGCAGGAGCUGUGUUGGGUCCUUCUGUCCUCGCUGGGUAGCUCUGGCAAAACCCACUCUGCUGUCUUUCCCCCAAAUCCAAUUGCCUUCCCCCAAGUCCACGUGCUUUUUCAGGCCCACCUCUGAGGAGGAAAGUGGGUCUAAAAGGCCCCCUCACAGGAAGGCGUUGGUAUGCUGUCACUCACCACCUAUCCCACUCUCCACCAACAUGCUUGCUAUUUAUGCAUUAAAUAAGAAAAGUGAGAGAUUUCUUUGAAUCUAACUGAACCUGUAAUUUGAGAAUUUCAGGCAUUUCAAAUCUUGCAUAAAAGUGGCCUUAUUCCUGUUAAGAUUCUUCUGCUCCCUUACCCCACUCUCAUCCUGGCAGAUACAUUGGCUUAACAACUCCAUCCAUCCCAGCCUGGUGUAGAAGCUGUCCUAAACAGGGAGAUAGGAAGGGCCUCGUUCAGACCUACUCUGGGUCCGAGUUGAGCCCCGCGACCUCUCCAUCAUCUCCCUGAUGCCAGUUGCUCUGGGCCUCUGGCACCUACCCCAUAAGAAUGACAGCUCCACUGGACCAUUAGCCAAGAUUAUGGAGCUUGACUUCUGCUUGUGAUUAGUAUUACUGUCCUGUCUGUCCCCUGCUUAUAGAUUUCCAUGUCUUAGGCCUUCUGUUUGGAGUCUUGCCCUGGGUUACUGCCCACCCCCCACUCCCUGGCAAAGCCUUGUAAGUUUAUGUGCUCGCUGCUUCCUUAGCCCAGUGAUCAGCCUGAAUUUUCCUCCCAGGCCUGAAGUGCCCCUGUCCAAGUCUCCAUUAUUCCCUCCAAAUCAGAUCUUGUGGACAUUACUUAUGCAGCUUCCAUGGGCAGGGGGUUAGAGGGAGAGGGGACUGGAGAGAGAAUUAGAAACCAGGACAGGUGUCCACAGUGGGUGAAUUGCAGAAAGUGGUGAAGGCUGUGAUAUGUAUGGCGGAAGAGCCUAGGUGACAUUUGGAGCUCUGGGCUUUGAUCUGCCACUCACCUCUGGCCUGUGACCCUGUGUUCAGCAAACUUCCAUUGACCUACAGCCCCUUUCUGCAAGAAGCGCACACUGGAAGACAGAGGCAGGCAGCCAGACAGCUUGGAGCUCCCACAGAGACAGGGUGGGCUGGGCGCCCUAGGAAGCUUCAGAAGAGAUAUCUGAAGGGUGAGGAGAGGGCCACGUGGCAGGAGGCAUGCCUGACAUUGCUGUGGGUCCCUUCUUCCUCUUGUUUUUGAGGGAGAGGAUGCUGAUCUCCAAAGUAUCUUCCAAAAAGGGAGCAAGAAGUCUGUGAAGGGGUCAGUGAAAUGCAUUCAACUGGGAAACCAAUGAGACCAAGGACACCUGGCUUCUGGAAAGUAGGACACAUGGGCUGGCACAGGACCACCCAGGAGGAGGGCCUUGAGAGCUGCAUGGGGCAGGCCAGAAGCCAAGAGUAGAGGUCUCCCUAGUUAUUUGUGCAGGGGAUGCAGCCCCUUGGGGCUUGGGAAGGAGGUAGUAAGGUUGGGAAACCGGCCCCAAGAGCUCCUAGUGCUGGUAAACUGGUCCCCUCUGUUUUCUGAGGGCCUGAGCCCUUGUCCCUCUGGAAGGCAGUCCCUGGCCUGAGGCUGGUUCUCUGGGCCUCCCUUAGGCCCUGAGCAGUCUUGCUUCCCAAAAGGCCAACAGCCCCCAGUUCCUCCGAUUCCUUUUAUACCUGUCCCAGGAGGCAACACUGCAGGGCUGGGGACUGUCUGGAAGGGCCACCUUGAGUCCAUCUGUACACAAAGGGGCAGCUCAUUUCUCAUUAUUGCAAGGGUUGAGUU